CCCAAUACCCUCAAGAGUUACAUCCACCACUCCCACAUUUUCUGUACUAUAUAUAUAUCCAGAGCAUUUCCAAGAAAAUCCAUUCCAAACGCAUUUCAUAAUAUUUUAUUGCUCAAAAUCCAUUUCCAAGCCUUUCAACAAAAACCAUGAGCAGCAUCAUAGAAGGUAACAAAGUUAUUUUCACUGAAGAGCAGGAAGCUCUGGUAGUGAAAUCAUGGGCUGUAAUGAAGAAGAACUCUUCCGAACUGGGUCUUAAAUUCUUCCUCAAGAUAUUUGAGAUUGCACCGUCUGCCAAGAAAUUGUUCUCGUUUUUGAAGGACUCUGCUAUUCCUUUGGAACAGAACCCAAAGCUCAAGCCCCAUGCUAUGACUGUCUUUGUAAUGACAUGUGAAUCAGCGGCUCAACUUAGGAAAGCCGGGAAAGUUACAUUGAAAGAAGCGAACUUGAAAAGACUUGGUGCUACCCAUUUUAAAUAUGGGGUAGUUGAUGAACACUUUGAGGUGACCAAGUUUGCAUUGUUGGAGACUAUUAAGGAAGCAGUACCUGAAAUGUGGUCGCCAGAGAUGAAGAGUGCUUGGGGAGAAGCUUAUGACCAAUUAGUUGCUGCCAUUAAGACUGAAAUGAAACCCUCUUCUUAGGCUUAUUGGUGGGUGAAUGAAGAAUAAUGUAAUAAAAAAAUAACAUGAGUGAGAAGAGAACUUAUAAAUUGUCAAAACAUUCUAAAUUAUUUAUGGGGCUUUUUUUUUUUAUUAUUUAUACGUACCUAAAAAAGUUUCUAUUCACUUAUACGGUCUUGGUAGAUUUUUUUUUUCGUUUAUGUAUAACCUAAAGUGUUUUAUUCAAUAAUAUAGUUUGCACUAUGUAUAAACUAUUAAUUUACUUUUUUUUCCUUA